ACUUGGUUGACGCGGGGCUGGAAGAAGGUGACCCGGGGCCGCGAGACCUUCUGCUCCUCCAUCGCGGCUCGGCCGGGCCGCUGCCUCGGGGGCCGGCGCGUCACAAUGGCCGCAGGGAAGAGGGGUCUGGCAAAGAGCGUGACGAUGCAGCCCUCCAUUGCAGCUGGUUUAUAAAGUUUGCCUUAAUGAAUACAGUUUUUGGGACUAUUCCCAUCUUAUUCAGGCAUCCGUCCAUUUAUGGCCUGUCCCGGAUCACCAGUAGCCUGUACCUCAGCAAUGGUACGGCUGCCAAUAACAAGCUCCUGCUCUUCGCCAGCCAGAUCACUACUGUCAUCAAUGUGUCUGUGGAGGUGGUGAACACCUUCUAUCCAGACAUUCACUACAUGCACAUCCCUGUAACUGACACCCCCAUCUCUCGCCUCUACGAUUACUUUGACCUCGUGGCAGAUAGGAUCCAUAAUGUGGACCUGCAGCAAGGCCGGACACUGCUACACUGCGCUGCAGGCAUCAGCAGGUCAGCUGCCCUGUGUCUGGCCUAUUUGAUGAAGUACCAUGCCAUGUCUCUCGCGAAUGCUCAUGCCUGGGUCAAGUCCUGCCGCCCCAUCAUCAGACCUAACAAUGGGUUCUGGCGACAGCUCGUCCAGUAUGAGUAUAAACUCUUCGGCACCAAUACAGUCCGAAUGGUCAACUCUCCACUGGGUUUGAUCCCGGAUCUCUAUGAAAAUGAAGUAAGAAUAAUGAUAGCAUUUUGACUGUAACUAGGUUUACCACAUUUCAUGAAGGAGCCCAGAGGGAAAACAAAGGGGCAGCUAAGCUUGAUGAAGUUUGGAACGUGGACAAUAAACUCUUCAGCCUGGUGAGGUUUACUGCCCCGCUGGUAUAAGUAUAGGGGAUUAGCUGAGACGAAUGGGGCUAUCUGGUUUUUAUUAUAAAUAAAACCAAAUUUAAACUACA